AUGUCUACCAUGAUUUAUACCCCAACAUCCUCUUGGUCUAUGACCACUCGGACGGCGUCUCCAACUGUUCCUGUUCCGAGGAUGGUUACAGUUCAAUCUCUUCCUGAACCCCGCACACAGCUUCUGAUUAUUCAGGAUAGUGACAGCGAAUAUGAUAGCGAAAGUGAAAAUGAAAAUGAAAAUGGAACUGAAAGUGAAAGUGAAUGUGAAAGUGAUGAUUCUAUUGAAAAGUCUGUUGAAACAGUAGCAAUACCAGCAUCUAUUCCAACACCUGCACUGACACCAGAACCAGAACCACUAUCAGAACCAGUGCAAAUACAAACCCAAACCCAAACCCAAACACAAGUGCAAGCACAAAUGCAAACUCAAACUCAAAUGCAAACGCAAACGCAAACGCAAACGCAAACGCAAACGCAAACGCAAACGCAAACGCAAACGCAAACGCAAACGCAAACGCAAGCACAAACGCAAGCACAAGCACAAAUGCCAGCACCAGUACCAGUACAAGUGGCAGUAAAAGAACAACUGCCAAUAAGAGUAUCAUUCCCAACCCCUCAAAUGUCUUUUUCGAUGCCACUGCCAAUUCCAGUACAGACAAUGCCACAAUUGCAAGAAAGAAUAAGUACUCAAGAAAGGCCUGUAAAGCCCCUGCCGAUGAUCCCCGACCAACUACCCAUUGUCGUCCCGACUCCGAGCUUCUCUUACCGCGCCCUAACACCCAUCAGAGAAGAUGUCGAUGAAGACAACAAACACUUUACUGAGUCUACCAUCGAAAGUUGUCGUAGUUCCGCACACACCGUAUCUCGCAGUGUCUCAGAGGCAAGUAUUCAGUACAUACCAGACACACCAUCCGAACAAAACAUGCAAUACAAGCCGCAUGAGAUAAUCACCCGACAAGUCAUCCCUCCUCAAGUCAUACAAGAGCCUGUCAUUUCUGCUCCACAAGAGCCCGCUCCCGUAUCCCCGCAAGUUAGCCAUCAUAUCCCUUCUCCAGAUGAAAAGACAGAAGUCCACGAACCUGCACUAGUCCCAAGUACUGAUGUACAAACCAACACCGUAGAUAGUCAAGGCCAUACCAGAUCAAACGAUGGCUGGAGAUGGACUGCUCGCCCUGGUAUGCCAAAUCGACCUGACAGUGAAACAGUUGCUCUAUUGACAGAUAUCCGACGUGAGAUUGACGAAGUCAAGGUUAACCAUCAAAGUACAAUCGGGUCAGCCUCCAGUACCGCGUACACAGCCACUACUUCUGCUUCAUCUACUGCCCAUAGCACCAUUUCUACUGUGACACGGUUGUGCCACUGUACAAAAGGCUCUACUCAUCAAUCUAACUGUCUUUUCCAUACCACACCAGACCCACUGGCUUUCCCCUUGCCUCGUCUCAGUAUCGAAUCAUUUAGUUUGACACACAACAAAGAUGCUCUCAAGACAUACCGCCGAAUGGCUUCUAAAACCAAUGACAGUACUGUUCAAAUGACCUAUUGUACCUAUCUCACACAAGUCGCUAAGAUUUACCAUCACAAACCAGACGCGGUAAAGACACACCGUCGUCUCAUAGAAGAAGUCGAGUACUGGGUCGAGCGCCUCGCAAAAGCCAAUCUUCCUGAUGCUUUGAUUAUAAAAGGACGCUGGCACCUCCAAGGCCCUUCCUCUGCCAGCACAGAUUUACCAAGUGUGGGUCAAGCGUAUCAGCGUGUACAGCUCACAAAGGCCUUUAAAGCAUUCCAAGCUGCCGCAAAGGGUGGCUCUGCAGAAGCACAUGUGGGUCUUGCUGAAUACUGGAGAGCAUGUCAGGACAUCGACAAGUCUAUAGAGUGUUACAAGGUUGCUGCCUCAAAAGGCCACACAACGGCCGCAUAUACCCUUGCCAAGAUAUUUUUGUAUGGUCAAUAUCGUCAACAGAAAGAUUCUCGACUGGGACUUGAAUAUCUUCAGCAGGCCGCAGAUGGCCGUGGACCUGACAGCGGCGAACCUGCUUACAUGAUUGGCUGCAUAUAUAGUGGUCAACUUGAUCUUGUAAACUUGGCCAGUGACCCUUUCCUUUCUCACCCACACCAAGAGCUUGCUCUCCACUAUCGAUCCAAAGCCCAAGCGUUGGGCCUUGCUACUCAAGAUUAA